AACUAUUUUGUGCUCCUUUCUAUUAGUUUCCGAUUUAAAAAGUCGCAGACGAGUGAAGUUCUAAGAAACGAAGUCGAAGUGUCGGGUGUACAUCUUUCCUCAAAAACAAAUUCCUAAUCUAAGGAGCCUUGCUUGCAGCUGUUUGGUUUUUGUCAUUCUAGUUCAGAAGUCUUGUCUACUAUUUUACGAUUUCAAAGUCGCAAACUUCUAAAAAAGGAAGAUCGUCAUCCUUACCAUACUCAUUGCAAAGUCAACCGAGUCGAAUCAAUAACUUUGUGCUACUGUCGGAAAUUGAAAAGGAAAUCAUGCCGGGAAACAUGAAUAAUGACGCCGAGAAUGAUCGCGACAAGCUGGGCUUGUCAAAGUCCUCGAAGUCUCCGGGCCGCAAUGAGGCAGAGGAGAUCGAGAAGAAGUUGAAGGAAAUCAAGGAGAAAAUGGCCAACAUAACCGAGAUUAUUGGCGGUCAUCAUGAUCUCGUGACUUUCGUUGAUACUGAAACAUUGACUAAGACCGUAAAGACGUUUGGAGGGUUUAUCGAGAAGAAAGGGAUUGUGAAGGAUGAUGAGAAGCCUUCGACUAGUGCUGCUGCUAACGCUUUUAAGACUAGCCCCCAGUUGACCAAGAACAAGAAACCCGAUGAGCAAAUUUUUGUCAGUCCUGUGGCCAAAAUGUUUGUCCUGCGCCCUGAUGGCACUCAUGAUAUAGUCACUGGCCACUCCCCGUUAGCCGAGCCUGAACAGGUGGGCAAUAUGCGUGAGAUAACCACUGAGGAUGGUAGUCUUAUCAUCUUGACCGGUGGUAACGGGGAAGUCGUUUACCAUCCCGAGGACACUGUGGCCAUUGAUAUAACCGAUUCGCGUGUCUUCAUCUUGGAUGCCAAGGAGAAUGGAGUAACCUUCGUUGAGAAACCCGACACCAAUGACAUUAUCGAGUAUUUGCCGGAGGAGGAAGACACUGAGACUAAGCCGGCUACUCCAGCUCCAGAGUCUGAGAACCAAGUUCAGGGCGAAGCUAAUUUGGAUCCUAUUGUUAUUGAUCCGACUGGCCAGGAGUCAAAAGAAGAGGAGAGCGUAGUCAAGGAAGAAGCUGUGGUGGCCAAUCCUGAGAAUUAAUUAAAUAUUUAUAAGAAAUGUAAAGGGGUUUUAGGGGAUCUCAAAUAAAACAAAAUAAUAGACCCCUA